UCUGAUUCUGCGGAAGCGAGGGCUACAUGGAGAGUAACUGAAAAAAUGAAAUUCCAACCGCGAACUGGCGAAAACCGGUUCUUAGUGGAACCUAUAAAACCGCUUUGUUCACUCGAACUCAACUUCCUUAAACCCCCACUACGCCUCGACGCCCAAAUUCUCUCCAAAACCCUAAUUUACACUCCUCCUUCUCCCUCUUCCCUCGCCUCCCUGUGUUCCCCUCUCUCUCUCUGUAAACGGUGCUUCAAUGGCGACACCAUCGUUGGACGAAGCCACCGCCAAGGAAGUCCUCCGACAGGUGGAGUUUUAAUUCAGUGAUAGCAAUCUCCCGCGGGACAAGUUCUUAUCGAGCACCGUUGCAUCUAGCGAAGAUGGCUUGGUAAGCCUGGCACUGAUAUGCUCAUUCAAGAAAAUGAGGGGUUACCUGAAACUGCAAGAGGCCAAGCAGGAUGAAAUCCCAGACGAUACUUUGAAGGCAGUUGCUGAUACUCUUGCAAAAUCUGCUUCUCUCAAACUCUCUGAAGAUGGUAAGAGAGUUGGUAGGAUUGGUCCUCUAAUGAAACCAGAAGAGUUAGUGGAGCAAUUGGAUGGAAGAACGAUUGCAGCAUCGCCGUUGCCAUAUGAUGUGAGUCGCGAUGCAUUGCUGACGUUCUUCGGUCAAUAUGGCCAGGUCACUAGUCUGAGGUUGCCUAACCACAUAGCUAACAAAAGAGUAUUGUGUGGCACUGCUUUGGUUGAGUUUCCAACCGAUGAAGAGGCUGAGAAAGUCUUAGGUCAAAUAUUGGAAUUUGAAGGUGUACAGCUAGAACUGAAACCAAAGAAGGAAUUCGAUGAAGAAAGGCAGAGUAAAUUAGCAGAAUUUAGAGCUGCCAAUCCCCAAUGGAAUAAUGACAAUAACAAAAACUCGAGCUCACAGGCAGAGUACACGAAGGGGUUGAUUGUUGCUUUUAAAUUGAAAAGCAUUUCAACGGGAGAUGAAGCAAAACAGGAUGUCAACCAGGAAUCUGUUAAAGAUGGCGAGACUGGGCCUAAAUCAGCUGAAGAAAUGCCUACAAGUUCCGUGGAGAAAACUACCGAAGAAGGACAGGGGAAGGCUUCAGAAGAUGAUGCCGAUAAUAACAAGGAAGAAGUGGCUGCUAUGGAUACUGAUAAGGUUGAAAAGGCGGAUAAUGAAAAUGUCACUGAAAACAAGGAAACAAAGACUGAUGAGGGGGAGGAGUCGAACAAAGAUUCUGUUGAGAAGAAUGUGAAACAGGGUAACAAAUUUGACCUUUCUGCCUGCAAGAAUGACAAGAACAUCAUGUUGCGUGAGGAUCUGAAGGCUGUCUUCUCUAAAUUUGGCGCUGUGAAGUAUAUUGAUUUUAAAAUGGGAGAGGAUUCAGGAUAUGCGAGAUUCGAGAAACCUGAAGCUGGUCAAAAGGCUCGUGCUGCUGCAAUCUUGGCAGAGGAGGGAGGACUGACAGUUAAAAACUUCAUCGUCUCUUUAGAACCAAUAUAUGGUAAACAAACACAAUCUUUCACCCAUCUUUAGCAUGGCUAAUUCUUCUAUACUUUGCUCUAUAUGAGAGUGGAAAUGGACAAAUAGUGAUAGCAGCAUGAAUUAAGGAUGAUCUUGAACAGUUGCUCCUUCCAUGUUUAGUGUGGUGAUGUAAAUUAAAUGCCGAGUAAUCAGGAGUUAGAUAUAGCAAUCCUCUUAAGUAUUCUCAGCAGCUCAUACUUUUGAUUAGCCAACUAUAAGAGACCAACAUUCUGUGUGGGGCAUGUAGGCGAUAAGGAAGCGGAGUAUUGGGCCCAGGUCCGAACCAAUCAAGACAACCGCAAAGCUAGCUUCAGCAAUCGAGGAGGAAGGGGAGGCAGGUUCCACCGUGGCGGUAAGCAUCCUCAUUCUAGGGAUAAUGAUUCGGGAAGAGGUGGUCGUAACAAGUUCCAGAAGGUUGGAGCCUGAGUUUGAAUCUCGGCAAAACCAGCUUUGCUAGGAGAAGACUCUCAAAAGGAGUGUGGGGUUAUUGAUUUCCCAUGCACAGACCUUGUGAUGAGCUUCUAAUGCCUCUUUAUGAUCUCUCUCUCGCCUAUGCUAUUGUCUGAUGGUGAUUGAGACUGGAGAGGAUGGUGAGGGAAUGUUUGUUUAGUAAAACUUGGUGAAGUUGUUAUAUUCCGUAGAAAGAAAUUUUGCUUUGAGCCUUUUAUAAUGCAUGGUAUUAUUUGAAGCUUUUUUGCUGGCCACCAUUUCCCUUCUUUGUUAUGGAUCGAAAUUAGCUCAGAUGAUGGGUUGGUUAACAAGUUCAUAUGUAUCACAUGGAUAGACUUGAUUGUGUUUCGAGAGUUAGCAAUGACUAUUCUAUUCUCUUUUGCGU